ACGCUGGAUGGGAAAAACACCCUUGGUCUGCAGUGUUGGAGGAGCCGAGUUUGCUGGUCCCUGGAGGUUCUGGGUGAAGUCACAAAGACUUCAGAGCAAAGUUCUCCUCACCAACUUGGGAGGAAAACUCUCCGUGGAGAUCAACCCUACUCUGAACCCAAGGGCUCCAUUUGUUUCCGCCCCACCCAACGCUUAUGAGUGUGGGCCACUUCCCUGGGGUCCAGCUGGUUUCACGGAGAGGCUCAGAGCUCUCAAGCGGACGUCCCGCCUGCCUGGAAAGCUCUCGACCGGACGUUGGCCCAGGGCCCCAUCCUUGACCUGUGCCAGAAUGGGCGGCCCUCUCCCCUCUUUCCUCCCCCUGUUUAUGGCGACCUCCUUCCUCCACGCCUCCACCGACAAGGCCUUCCUGCGGGUGGUGUUCAACCACCACAGCCUCAGCCAAGAUUUCGAAGCCCUGCCGUCUCAUUUCGGGCCGGUCCGCCCCAGCGAGACCUUCCUGGGUUACGUUGUGGAAGCCAAGCCGGCCAACGCCUGCCACCCCAUCGAGGCUGCGCCUCGGUCCAACGGUUCCUCGGCCGCCUUCGCGGCCCUCAUCCGGAGGUACGACUGCUCUUUUGCCACCAAAGUCUCGCACGCCCAGAGAGCAGGGUUUCAGGCCGCCAUCGUACACAACGUCCGGUCGCAAACUCUGGUGAGCAUGGUGAGCAAGGAGAAGGGGCCCAGCCCACCGGUAGACAUCCCUUCUGUCUUCAUCGGCGAGUCGUCUUCCACUCAGUUGAGGAGAAUCUUCCAUUAUGACCCAACGGCCUACAUCAUUCUCAUCCCCUCGCUCUCCCGCUGGGACACCGGCUGCACCGAACCCGGACGAGAACGUCCACCCCAGGGCACCCCCCGCUUCCGCGCCCGCUGCCCUGGCGUCACCGGAGCCCACAUCCUCCUGGUCGGCCUCACCCUCGCGAUCUGGAUGGUGGCGUUUUACUUGGUGCAGUAUCAGAACUGGCCACUAAAGGGAACCAGAGAGCCUAUUCUGCCCAUUGAGAAAGAAAAUGCAAGAUACUAAUAAUCUGCAACUCAACAGAUGAUAGGUGGCUUCAGAACAACAGAAAUAGAAUCCUGGCUUUAAAAAUAGACAAAAUACCAAGGCAGGAGAUAUAUCCCAAGGGGGCUUGGAGGCUCGCCAGAAGGGGGAUCUUGACGAGCUCAUUACCUGGAAGGAAGUCUCAGCCACACGUAAGCAGAGCCUUGCCGUGUUUUCACAUUGCUUCACCUCCUUCCAUCUAAAUCGAACGUGACCUUGGUGGCAGAAAUGGGAUUUUUCUCCUUUUACUGAAACAGACUGCCCACUGGCUGUGCCUAGGCAAGAAGGCACUUUAAAGGACUUCCUGCCCCAGCCGAAGUGUUCCUGAGCAGUGGGGAUCGGAGAAGAUGACCAAAGACAUGGUGUUCAGGAGACAUGCUGUUUUACCUUAUGAGAAAGGGUGAAUUUGCAGAGGCACAGUCAUAGAGACAGCGGGCCCAAUCCACUCCAGUUUGUUUAAACGAAACCAAUGGGGUUUCCAGACAGAGAAUCCUCAGAAGUGGGUUUCCCUGGCUGCACUCCUCAGACGCCCAGCAGUGGGGGAACUGAACUCCCAAACUCUGGCUCUCUAGCCAGAGACCUGAACCAUUGAACUAUCCAGCCAGUUCUAUCCAAAGAUAUUGGUGGUUUACUAAAGGCCAUGUGCUGCAGUCCAAAAAUAAGGGAAAGGGAAACCACCUAGUGCUGUAACCAUUAUACCCAGUUGCCCCAGAUCAACAUCUCCGAAGCGUUGUGCAAAAAUC